AUGCAAGCACAGGACGUCGUGGUGGAACCGGACGACUUCAAUGACAAUGACUCGUCUCUGGGAGAUCUCAGCAACGAUGGAACUUCCUCAACCGCAAGCUUGAACAGCUCAAUUCUCGACUACCGCAAGGAGAACGGACGCACCUAUCACAAGUUUCGCGAUGGAAAAUACCACUUUCCGAACGAUGAAGAGGAAAACGAGAGAUUGGACCUUCAACACCACAUCUUUGACCUCUCUUUCGAUGGCAAACUCGGGUUGUCACCGCCUAAUGAGCCCGAAUCCAACGUUGGCCGCGUACUAGACCUGGGAACAGGAACAGGCAUCUGGGCCAUGGACUUUGGAGAUGAGCAUCCUGGGGCCGAGGUCACCGGCGUCGAUCUGUCACCCACUCAACCGCAAUUUGUCCCGCCCAACGUCAAGUUCGAAGUCGACGACAUUGAAGACAGCUGGACUUACUCGCGUCCUUUCGAUUACAUCCAUAGCCGGAUGAUGAACUCUAGUAUCUCCAAGUGGGAGGAGUACAUCCGCCAGUCCUAUGAAAAUCUCACACCUGGCGGCUGGCUCGAGCUCCAGGAAUUCGGCUUACCCCUCUCUGACGACGACACACUCAAGGAGGAGCACGCUCUUUAUCAGUCCAUGAAGCACCUUGGCGAGGCAGCAGCCAAGUCGGACCACGCCUUUGUCGACCUCGACGCGCUCAAGCCUAUGCUUGAGGCCGCCGGCUUCGUUGACGUGACGGAGCUGCGCUUCAAGUGGCCCAGCAACACAUGGCCGCGAAACGCAAAGUUCAAGGAGCUCGGCGCCUGGAAUUACGAGAACAUCACGACCGGUCUGCAAGGGUUCCUCAUGGCAGCGCUCACGCGCGGGCUGGGCUGGAAGGCGGACGAAGUCAACGUGUUGGCCGCGCAAGCACGGAAGGAUGUUGGGGACCGAAGCAUUCAUGCAUACUGGCCCAUGAUCGUGGUGUAUGGAAGAAAGCCUGGCUCCAGUUAG